AUGAUUUAGAAUUUCACUUUCUAACGAAUAUCUUCUUCUUCUAUGUAAACCAAAGAGUUAAAAUCAAAGUUUAUUAUACAAAAGAAUAUUGGGUAUGGUGAUUAUGGGUAAAUUGAUCAUUUUAAUCUUAGAACUGUAUAUCAAGGUGUGAAUAUGCACACCAGAGAGACAGUUGCCAUCAAAGAAUUAUCCCAUCGUAUUAAUGAUUAAGGGGUUUGAUAUAUUAUUCUAUAUAAGAUAAAUGCUUAAGCAUUAAGAGAGAUUGAAAUACUUAGAUCUCUUCAUUGUGAUUAAAUAGUGUUAUUUAAAGAAUUAGCUUAUUAAAAUAGAAAGACAUACAUAAUAAUGGAAUAUAUGGAAGAAGAUUUACUUACAGCUAUGAGAAGAGACAUCUUCACUGAGGUCUAAGCCAAGUAGAUUAUGUUUUAAGUGUUAAAAGGUUUAGCUUAUUUACAUGAUCUUGGUAUAAUACAUAGAGACCUUAAACGUAAAAUGGUUUAAAACUAUUUUAGCUAACAAUAUUUUACACAAAAAUUUAACAAUUAAAAUUUGUGAUUUGGGAAUGGCUCAAAAUUUAAAAAAAUUCAAGCCUCAAACCACCAGAAUAUAAAAUCAUCAAUAUAGGGCUCCAGAAGUGUUCCUUGGUUUAUUAAAUGACUAAUAUUAGGUUAAAAAUACUGCUCUAAGGUUGAUGUUUGGUCAGCAGGGGUUUUGUUUAUCGAACUUCUCUUUAGAAGCAAUCCCUUCAAGGGAUAGUCUGAAGCCAAUAGUUUUCAAUAAAUUUUAAAAUUAUGUGGAACUCCUACUGAAGGUAAUAGAAUAAUAUUUAAUUUAAUAGAAACUUGGUAAGGAGUGACAACAUUAAAAAAUUACUCUAAAUUGAUCAAUAACGAGAAUUUUCCCAAGAUCUUACAUUCAUUACUUGAAAGGAAAAUGUCUCCCCUUUUAGUCAAUCUCAUAGAUUAGAUGUUGACUCUUGAUCCUAAUAAAAGGAUUUCCGCUUAGACAGCUCUAUAACAUUUAUACUUCAAAGGUAUAAAUAUAGAUAGGUAAUUAUCCUUUACAAAAUAAGAUGUCUCAUAAUAAACGAGACAGGAAAAAAAAGAGUUAAAACUUAAAGUUAAACUGAUACCUAAGUGCAUAAUUAUCCAGAUGGAUAAAGAAUAAUUGUUAUUUCGAAAAAAUACUGAA